AUGGUCUCCUCUCUCCUCACAGAAUCAAGUUCAGAGGAGGUAGUCGCAUCGACGAAAUCCCCAUCUAACGAUCCCCAGAUCAUCCAGACUUCGUUUCCCAACCCAUCAUUGCAGGUCACAGCGAACCACCAACUCAAGGUUGUUGAAGCGCCAGUGUACGCUCCCCGACGCGGAGAAGUCCUUCUUCAAAUAAAGGCUACUGGAAUCUGCGGCUCUGAUAUCCAUUUCUGGAAGGCUGGUCGAAUCGGCCAGCUAGUGUUCGAGGGCGAUUGCAUUAUCGGCCAUGAAGCGGCCGGCGUAGUCUUGAAAUGUGGUGAAGGGGUCACCCAACUCAAGCCCGGCGACAGGGUAGCCGUCGAGCCCGGCGUUCCCUGCGAACAAUGCUUCCUCUGCAACGACGGCCGGUAUAACCUCUGCGAGGAUGUACAGUUUGCGGGUGUCUAUCCCUACGCGGGGACGUUGCAACGAUACAAAGUCCAUCCUGCGAAGUGGCUGCACAAGCUUCCGGGCAGCCUCUCAUACGCCGAAGGAGCCCUCCUCGAGCCCCUCUCUGUCGUCAUGCGCGGCAUCCAAGUCGCUCGCCUCAAUCUUGGCCGGGGGGCCGUAGUCUGCGGCGCCGGGCCCAUUGGCCUCAUUGCUCUCGCUGCGGCGCGCACAUCAGGCGCCCACCCGAUUGUCAUUACCGACGUUGAGCCGAGGCGGCUUGCAUUCGCGAAAGAUUUCGUGCCGAGCUGUAUUACAUACCAAGUUGAUCCUGCAGAGGAUGCGGAGGGGAAUGCGAAAGCUAUCAGGGCUCUCUUCGGGGAGAGCGAGUACGCGGCGCCAGAGACGGUGCUAGAGUGCACAGGGGUGGAAAGUAGUGUUUGCACGGCGGCAUAUACUGCGCGCCGGGGUGGCGUGGUUGUUGUGAUUGGUGUUGGCAAGCCGAUUAUGAAUAAUCUGCCGUUCAUGCAUAUGUCUCUUGCAGAGUGGUGGGAUUUUGGACCUGAAGAAGUUAGUAUCGCAUGUCUUUCCCUUGGAGAGGGCAAAGGAUGCUCUACAUUUGUGUGCGGAUCCUCGCAACGGGAGUAUCAAAGUGACGGUGGUGGACGAAGUCGAUGCAAGUCUGUGACCUAA